AUGUCUGAUAUUGAAGAAGAUUUAUUGGCUUUAGCCGGUGUUGGCGAUUCAGAAGAGGAGGAAGACGUUGUUAUUUCUUCUACUUCAAAGAGAGGUAGGAGUAAUGAGGACUCUGUCUCCAAGAAACGUCAUAUCAAUGUAGGUGAAGACGACGAAGACGAUUACAAUCCAGCGUCUGCUGGUUUGGGAGAUGAUGACGAUAACGACGACGAAGAAGAAGCACCAUUCCCAUUAGAAGGUAAAUACAGGGAUGAGAGAGAUCGCGAUUACUUGGAGUCUUUGCCUGAAAUGGAACGUGAAACUCUGUUAUUCGAAAGAUCGCAGUUGAUGCAAAAAUACAAAGAUCGUAUGUUAUUCAGAGAACGUCAGAGAACCUUGAAAAGACAAAGGGAAUCUUCUGAGAAUAGAAAGGUACGUUCCUCCACAAGGUCUUCAAAAGUGACAGGCCACUCUGAUGUUAAAUCAUCUAAGCUAUCUCAACUUAAAAAGCAAAGAGAAAGAAAAAAUAACCACCAUUACAGUGAUGAAGAUGAUGAGGACGAAUAUGAGGAGGAAGAAAAUAUAUACGAGGAUAAAUAUGAAGAAGGCAGUGAAUAUGAAGACGAAAGCUACGACCCAUACAAAAGAAAAUCAACCUAUGCUGAGGAAAGUGAAGAGGAAGAUGUCAAAUGGGCAGAUGAUACUGAUAGAGAGAGCAAUGUUAAUGACUUCAAUAAAAUCAAGAUUGGACGUUCCUUUGUAGCUAAAUAUUGUUUUUAUCCCGGAUUUAAUGACAUUGUAAAGGACUGUUAUGGUAGAGUCAAUGUUGGUGUUAACAAAAAUACUAACCAAGUAAUGUACCGUAUGGUCAAGAUCGAAAAGGUGUUCUUACAAAAGCCUUAUAGUAUGGGUAAUUUUUUCACAAACCAAUAUUUUGGUGUAACACAAGGUAAAGAUAGAAAAGUAUUUCAAAUGAAGUUCUUUAGUGAUGGUGCUAUAACACAGGAUGAAUAUGAACGUUAUGUUAGAGCAUUGGAAAGUUCUAAUCUAACUAUUCCAUCUACAUAUGCCUUAUCGAAUAAGUUCAAAGAAGUAGAUGAAUUUGUUAAUGAACCAAUGACAGUUAAAUUGACCGAUGAAGUAGUUAGAAAUAGGAUGAUCUUCAACAAAAAACUAUCAGGUACUAAUGCUGUUUUAGAGAAAACUGUUUUGAGAGAAAAAUUGAAUUUUGCAAAGCAAAAUAAUUCUGAAAGAGAUAUUGCCAAAUAUUCAUCUCAAUUAAGAAAUUUAGAGAAGAGGUUAAUGACAUAUGAAAAACAUCAUGAAAAUGAUCAGCAGGGUGCUAAAAAGCUUGGUAAAUUGACAAGUAAGAACAGAAAGCUAAAUAUGGAUAAGAUUAAAUAUGGUGAAAAUGUUAAAGAAGACCGAGAUGAAUCAUUCGACAUCAAAACUGAUCCAUUUAGUAGAUUAAAGACCAGGACAAAGGUUUACUAUCAAGAAAUUCAAGAAGAAGAAAAUGAAAAGGCCAAAGAACUUGCACGUCAAAAGAAAAUGCAAGAAAAUAAAGAGGCUAUUGAGCAAAAGGAGAGAGAAUUACUUCUAGCCAAGUUUAGAAGAUUGGGAGGUUUAGAAAGUAUUGUCCAUAAUUUGGAUAUCAAUAUUAAACUGUAA